AUGGAGGAAACGAAGAGUGACAAGAAAUUCAAUCGGAGAGAGGCUAUUUUGAACAGCUCGUACAUCUGCGGAGUAGUUGAAGGCUUCUACGGACGUCCAUGGACGCAAGAACAGCGGAAACAUCUCUUCAAACGGCAGAAUCAUCUUGGCCUCACUACUUAUUUGUACGCUCCUAAAGAUGAUAUGAAACACCGAUCGCAGUGGCGUCUGCUGUACAGCAAUGAAGAAAUGACGUUACUACGAAGUCUUGUGGAGAGUGCGAGAGACAACAAUGUGAACUUUGUCUACGCAAUUUCGCCCGGUUUGGACAUUGUGUACAGUUCGGAUAAAGAGAUGGACACACUGAGAAAGAAACUUGAUCAAGUUCAAUCAGUUGGAUGCGACUCAUUUGCGGUGCUAUUCGAUGAUAUUGAGGUUCAAAUGCAGCUAGUGGAUCAAAAAAGAUUCAAAUCAUUUGCACAUGCUCAUGUUUAUAUCGCAAAUAAAAUCUACAAGUAUUUGGACGCCAAAGUGUUCAUGUUUUGCCCAACGGAGUAUUGUGAGACACGAACUUUUCCAACUUUGGAAAGCUCUCCAUAUCUCAAUACAAUCGGACAGUGUCUAGAAAAAGACAUUCAUAUUAUGUGGACAGGACCGCAAGUCAUAUCUCGAUAUAUUCCAGUGGGGCAUUUGGCUCGUGUAGGCAGAGUCAUGCGCCGAAAGCCGCUUAUCUGGGAUAAUCUUCAUGCUAACGACUAUGAUUUGAAGAAAAUAUUCAUGGGGCCUCUGAUGCAUCGAUCCGUGAAAAUGAAGGAGUUGACUUCUGGAUUGUUGCUAAAUCCAAACGGGCGCUAUGAAGCAAAUUUUGUUCCAAUUCAUACAUUGUCGGAUUGGAAUGCAGCUGAUAGAGAUUUACUUCCACAUGAGUCUGGCCUUUCGGAAGACACUGGAAACCUUUUCAACAUUGACUGCAGCACGGAGACACUAUACAUUCCGGAAGUUUCUAUGAUCAAUGCUGCCACUACUUGGAUUGAUGAAUUCAUUACCCCAUCAGUGAAUAAUGCACAGGCACCUAUCCUCACCGCCGAUGUUGCGGGUUACGUACCAGAUCGUCGAGAAUGUGUGUGGCUGCUGGAUCUGCCGGAGUCUCAUGGUGUUAUUCGUCCAGAACCCGUUGCUCCUGCUGAUAUACCCACAGAGAACAUUGUUCAGUCUGCAGUCCCUCCGGAAGAGCCAGUCCCGUCCGAGCUCAACUCCUUGGCAGCGGAUUAUUCGCAGCCAAUGGAUAUGGGAGACACCGGUGAGAACCUGGACGAUGAGUCAAUGUUAUCAAUGGACGAUGAUGAGGCUGUUCCAUUGAUGUUUUCUGGAUUGGCCACUACUGAAGAGGACAUCAAAAAUCAACGACUGUCUCUUCUCACUGCUUUGUGCGAAAUGUUCUACCUGCCAUUCGAAAACGGCCCAAGAGUGAAAACUCUUUUCAGAGAUUUCACUUGGCUGAUGCAAAACGCAUCUGUUAUGAAAAAAAGUUUCAAGGAGAUUGAAACUCUCGAUCCUCUUCAGUCGGAAUGGUUGGUGAGAUACGACGCUGUCACCGAGUUUCUCACGAAUUCCAUUGACGCUUUCUUCUUCAUCACUCAAGCUCCAAACAAAGCAAUUCUAACUGAAAUUGUGCCAUAUGCAUUUGAAGCUCAUGGAUGUUGUGUUGUGUUGAUAGCAGUUGCAAGAUGGAUGAUGCAAGGAAACGCAAUGGACAACCCUGAAAACUACUUGUUCGACGAUUUCGGCUCGAGCGAUGAGUCAUGGAUCAGUCAAACCGGUUUGAAAACCGACACAUUGAGGGUCUUCACCGUUAUGGAAAAUGUCGAACAAAUGUUCACAACAAGAAUAUUUCUCCCACUAUGUAUGUUCUGUUUCGACAUUCGACCGUUCACAAUGGCUGAUAAAGAUUACAUAUCCGGAAUGGUCACAGUGAUGUUAACCAACAAUCAAGACUUACUCCGUCAUCGAGCCAAGAACUUCGCCGAUCGAAACAUUACUCCAUUUUUGAACAGUGGUGCUCAGCACAACUUUGUGUGUGAAAAAGUGGAUGAAAGUGGGCAUAAACCGGUCUGUUAUGCAACUGGACACGCUGAUGGUGCUGCAUUCAACCACUAUUUGCUCACUUAUAAAGAGCAGCUAAAAGAGAAAUAUAAAGGAUUGAUUGAAGAUAAAACCGUCGGUUCUGCAAGACUGUCUCAGGAACACAUUGAUUUCAUUCAAAAUAGUCAGACUCCUAUUGAAAUCGAGGACUGGUAUCCAAGAAUUCCGGAACACAUUUUCGAAAAGUAUCCAGCAUGGGUAGAAACCUAUUUUGGCCUUGACUCGACUGAUGCUUAUCCAAUGAAAAAAGUCUUGCACGUUGUGGCAACUACUCUUGCUAUGAAUGGUUCCCACGGAUAUUUCAUUGCCAUUUCUAACGAGGAUGUCGAGCGCCAGAAGUACUUCUACGAGAUUGGACUCAACGAUUUGGGAUUGUCAGACUGUGAACGAUUCCGCAUUAUGGGACAAACGAUACGUUCGGUUUCCCGCCAGUCUUCGUCUUCUGACUAA